UGGCGGCGGCAGGCUGAGACCACUGCGGAGGCCACUGGGGACCAACUCGUUGGCAGCGGGUUGCAGAGGCCUGGAGCAGCCUCCUCACGCAGCGCCGCACUGCCGGGAGUUGUAGCUGGCCGCGGCGCUCAGCUUGCUGGUGAACUGUGGCUGGCACACCCAGGCGCGGCGGCGACAGCAGACAGGUUAGAGUGGGGGCAGGGGCGGACGUGGGAGCAGCUCGGGCCCAGAGAGGUAACCCGAGCCCCGACAUCUCCAGCCAUGUCCGACGAAGCGUCGGCCACCACUUCGUACGAGAAGUUUCUGACCCCAGAGGAGCCCUUCCCGCUUCUUGGACCUCCUCGCGGGGUGGGCACCUGCCCGAGCGAGGAGCCCGGCUGCCUGGACAUCAGCGACUUCGGCUGCCAGCUGUCCUCUUGCCAUCGCACCGACCCACUCCACCGCUUCCACACCAACAGGUGGAACUUAACUUCUUGUGGAACAAGUGUUGCCAGCUCAGAAUGCAGUGAGGAGCUGUUUUCAUCAGUUUCUGUUGGAGAUCAAGAUGAUUGCUAUUCCUUAUUAGAUGAUCAAGACUUCACUUCUUUUGAUUUAUUCCCUGAGGGGAGUGUGUGCAGUGAUGUCUCUUCCUCUAUUAGCACAUACUGGGAUUGGUCGGACAGCGAGUUUGAAUGGCAGUUACCAGGCAGUGACAUUGCCAGUGGGAGUGAUGUGCUUUCUGAUGUCAUACCCAGCAUUCCAAGUUCACCUUGCCUGCUUCCUAAGAAGAAAAACAAGCACCGGAAUUUAGAUGAACUUCCUUGGAGUGCAAUGACAAAUGAUGAGCAGGUGGAAUAUAUUGAGUAUCUGAGUCGUAAAGUCAGUACUGAGAUGGGUCUUCGGGAGCAACUAGACAUUAUUAAAAUAAUUGAUCCUUCUGCUCAAAUCUCUCCUACAGACAGUGAGUUUAUUAUUGAACUUAACUGUCUCACCGAUGAAAAACUGAAGCAGGUGAGAAACUAUAUCAAGGAACAUAGCCCUCGCCAGCGGCCUGUGAGAGAGGCCUGGAAGAGGAGCAACUUUAGUUGUGCAAGCACCAGUGGAGUGAGCGGUGCCAGCGCCAGUGCCAGCAGCAGCAGUGCCAGCAUGGUCAGUUCUGCAAGCAGCAGUGGGUCCAGUGUUGGAAACUCUGCUUCAAACUCCAGUGCCAACAUGAGUCGAGCACACAGUGACAGCAACUUAUCUGCAAGUGCAGCAGAGCGGAUUCGAGAUUCAAAAAAGCGAUCCAAGCAGCGGAAGUUGCAGCAGAAGGCCUUACGCAAGAGGCAGCUAAAAGAGCAGAGGCAGGCUCGGAAGGAGCGGCUCAGUGGUCUCUUCCUUAAUGAAGAAGUGCUGUCCUUGAAAGUGACUGAGGAAGACCAUGAAGCAGAUGUAGAUGUUUUGAUGUAAUAAGGGUGAAGUUACCAGCAUUCUUCCUAAGCAUUAAAGUAUUCUAUUCUUACUUGUUUAUGUGCCUCUUGACCAAACUUUUGGUUAGGGCUGUGCUGAUAUAAUAAUAAUUUAGGCCAGUGGUUCUCAACAGGUGGUCCCUGGGCCAGCAUCUUCAGCAUCACUUGAGAAUUUGUUAGAAAUGCAUACAAUAGGGCCCCACUUCAGAUGUAGUGAGUCAGAAACCUCGGGGGAGGGGGUGGGGGAAGACCCAGCAUUAUGUUUUAACAAGUACCAAGUUAAUUCAGCCUUUUUUUUUUUUUUAGUUUUCACCGAGGACAUUUCAUUGCAGAGAGAGAAACAUUGAUACAUUGAUACAUUGAUGUGAGAUAGAAACAUGGACUGGUUGCCUCUUGAAACACCCCAGUUGGGGAUCAAACUCACAACCUAGGUGUGUGUCCUGACCGAGAAUUGACUCGCAACAUUGUGGUCCACAGCAUGAAGCUCUAACCAACUGAGACACACCUGUUAGGACUGUGCACACUAGUUUUAAGAACCACCAAUUAAAUAAAUGUUUUGACUGUUUAAACUUUAAUGUGGUUAAAUGGGCUUUUUAAAAUACUAGUACUUUUACAUUUAAGAAGAUUCCAAGGUAUUGCUGACAAGUAGUUUAUUAUGUUAGUAUAUAUAUGUACAUGUGUAGAGAUCAUCAUUCAGUUUCCUUAAUGUUGUGAUUUCUUAGUUUACUUUUUGUAAAGGGCCAUAGCAUAAUUUUCAGUUCCUAGGGGAGAUCUUUUUUUUUGAGGUUGUGAGGAUGGAGUGUGGAUUGCUGUUUAUAGUAGUGCCUUCAUUAUGUUUAGUACUAUCUGUUUUCAUUCAUUAUUAUUAACUCAAAGAUAUAAAAACAGGCCCUACUAUCUCUCUUCUUAGGUUUGUUUUUGCUUUUCACUUUAUGUACAUUUAGAAUCCUUUCUGUAAGUAAUGACUACUGAGGAAAUAAUGUUAGUAAUUGAAUUUUAGACUUGAUGCUAUGUUGAUUAAUAUUCAAAUGUGAAAGCAAUUGAACAAGACAACCCAUUGUACUUUUUCACUGCUUUCUGAAGUUUCAGGCUGUGAAACUGUCUUUAAGGCAAAAGAAUAUCUUAAGUUCUUUUUGUAGGUCAUUUUUUCAGCACAUCUCUAAUUUUUAAAUUUUUGGUAUAAUAGCUUCUGGCAUAUGAACAGGUUAAUGUUCAAAACUAACUAAAGAAAACCCUUACAGUUCUCCUAAGCUUCUGUAUAAAUUGGUAGAAAUACAUAGAGCAGUGAGAUAAUAGGAAAAAAAACCUUUGCUUGUUAGCUGUUAAAGCAGAACUAAUUUUAAAUGUGAAAUCAUGGAGUUUCUUUAAGUGCUCUCAAGGAGAGUUUUUAUGAACAUUCAAAAGUAGUGUGAUUCCUUUUCUUCUACCACACAUCUUUAAUCAUUCACAUGGGCUAAAAGAAGAAGGAAACUGAUACUACUGACAAUCAAGCCACUUUCUAACUUUCAUAAUUUUCAUUUUAUUGUAGAUAACUUGGAAGGUAAUCAUGAUACUAUAGGAGUUGUAGUUAGUAUUUUUAAAACUAGAGUCAGGUUGAUGGGAAUGUCUACUUUUUAAAAAACUUUUUAUUCAUAUCAAGGAAUUUGUAAAGAUAAAGAGUAAUGACUUAAAUUCAUAAUUUAAAAUUCUUUAUCCAAAUAUAAAGGUGUAACCUUUGCUUACAGUCAUGUGUUUUGAAAAUUUGAUUUCAUUGUGGAUUUUUGAAGGUUAAAAGAAUUGAAACCAAGGAGAGGAUAAAAAUUGUUAUGUUGUAGCUUUGCUGAGGUCUGUAAUAUAUUGAAGACCAUUAAAUUGAUACUUAAAUUUUACUAAAAUAAAAGUUUAUAUGUGUAUGUGGUUAUUAGUUGGAGUAGUCCUUCUGACUUUCCCCUUACCCUCUCUUUGGUGCUCCUAACCAGGUUAGAGGCCCCAAAGAGAGCUUGGAGACAGACCGUAGAAUACUCUUGAGGGAGAUGGGGAAGCUCAUCCUCAUUGUGUUUUCCCUUUCAAGUAUAGGGAGAGUAAAUGUAAAGAAGAGCAAAUAUAGCUGAAUUCUCUGUCUGCUCUUGUCAAAAGCAAAAUUGUUCUCUUUACCUACUCUUCAAGGAAAACAGUACCCUUUUGGAGACCAUAGAGCAGAAUUUAUCUGUUUAAUACUUAGAAACAGUUUAGUUCACAGUGACCAGUAAAAGGAAAUCCUAAACAGGAUUAUCAUGUAAUAAGACUAAUUCUUCUUCUCUCCCAACAAUCACAUAGUCUUAUUACCUUAGAUUUAACUUAAGUCACUAUUAAAUAAGUUUACCAAAGUACCCCAAAGCCAAUUUUAAAACUACAUGAAGUUUUGAGAGUUCAUAGUAAAGUAUGGCAUGAUAUUUUAUGUAAAUCUGAAUGAACUGUCUUUAUGGUUCUGUAAAUUAGAAAUAGCCCAUAAAGUUGGUUUGGAAGAGAUUGUAAUGCUUCCUCUGAUUAAAAGAAUAAAAGUAAAACAAUUUGGGAUUGCUUAUGAUUGAAGAGGGAGAUUACAAAGUCUUUCUCUAUCCCCUUAAAAAAAAACCAUUAUAAAAAUAUAAAAAAAUUCUUAUCUUAGUCAUGUAGAUAAUUCAAGUUUGAAUUAUUUCUUUUUUGGAAUAAGUAGUAACUUAUUCAAUCUGGUAUAUCUUUGAGUUCAAUUUAAAACAAACACAACUCAGUUUUUUUUUCUUUCUAAAUAUAAGCCCUAACUAACCAAUUAGUAAAAAUGUGAGAUUUAUUUGCUCCGUUGUCAAUUCUCCUGCUUUAAAUAAUAUUAAUGGAGAGCAUGAUAAAGUCCUCUCAGAUUUAUCCAGAGACAUUUUAUUAGAGCUCUUGUGUUUAUGUCAAUUAUAUCUCAAUAAAACUGAAAAAAAGAGAUGUGAAAGUCUGUGAGUCCCCAUCUCAGCUUUUUAAAGUAUGAGCCUUGAGUUAAACAAAAUGGCAUGUUUUUUCCUACAGUUUUGCAAUGGAAUCAAAGUAAGGACAGUGUAAUCAGUAUAAUGCAUAGUGAGUGGAGUAUAAAGGGCUAGUUCAUUAUGUCCCAACAAGACCUUAGAGCAAAAUAACACCUUUUUUCUUUGAGACUUGUCUCGUUUUUGUUAGGCUGUGGUGGUUUUGUCCAUUUCUUCAGUCCUUUGAGAUAACUGAAUAUUGCUGAAUUAAUCCCAGAAACUGACUUGUAACUUAAUAACUUCAUGGAUUUGGUGGACAUCUAAUUUUUACAGAGUUUUUAAAAGUGCUAAAGCCCCUCAUAAAUGAAAAAUUUCAAGAAAUAACACUAUAAAGGAAUACAGAUUCUAAUGAACUUUAAAAAUUGAAAUUUAUCAGAUGUGUUCAUAUUUAUGCUAAAAAUGUUAUUACAUGACAAAUAUAGAAGUCUGGUUUCCAGAUUCUGUAGCAGAGAUUUUUGUUUGUGGCUUAGUCCAUAUAGCCUCAUGUGCCUUAAUGGUGAACUCUGUACUUCUUGUCAGUGUCAGGCUUUUCCAAAGUAAAAAAUAAUCUAAAUGUUGCAAUUUGUUUUAUAGAAUGUUCAUGCUAUUGGAUAUCAGUAAGGAAAGCCAUUAAAUUGAACCAAUCAAUGUUAAUAGUAAGUAUAAGAAACCAAAACCUUCAGAUUUUAAAUUUCAUUUGCCUAACUUUAUUUUGGCCCAUCUUGGUCAUUGAAGAACACUGAAAGUUAUCUAAAGUAUAUCUUAAUGUAUUCUUUUAUUUUUUCUCAUGAAAAACAUCACAUAUCAGCAUUGUGUUUAAAACCAGACAAACUCUCAGUUUGUCUGGAAGGAUAAUUAUCUGGAAGGAUAAUUUUUAAGGCAAAAGUACUUCAAGAACAGAUUAUAUAGCAAGUUGAUUCUCUUGUUAACUUUAGGGAUUCUUUGUAUUUAUUUGUAUAAUAAAUAGCUGGAACACUCCUCUCCCCUUCAACAAAUUACCUUUUAGCACUCCUAUCUUCAAGCAAAAUUUUUGCUUGGAAUCGGGAGGGAGUUACUUAAAGUCAGUGUACAGUUAGCAAGGGUUGAUGAGAAAAUUCCCAGUGGCAUUCAAAUAAUGGUAUUGAUGGUGAGCACACUGACAUUCAACAUGUCUAAACUUAGAGGUAAAUUUAAUUCUUUUUUCCUAAUGUAUUUUUAUUUUUUAGUAUAUUUUGUUGGUUAUGCUUCUAUAGUUGUCCCAAUUUUUAUUCCCUUUAUCCCCCUCUUUGCACCCCAUCACGCUCCAGCAUUCCCCUCCACUUAGUUCAUGUACAUGAGUUGUACAUAUAAAUUCUUUGGCUUCUCCAUUUCCUAUACUAUUCUUAACCUCUCCCUGUCCAUUUUGUACCUACCAUUUAUGCUUCUUAUUCCCUGUACCUUUUUCCCCAUUCUCCCCCACCCCCCUCCCCACUGAUAACCCUCCAUGUGAUCUCCAUUUCUGUGAUUCUGUUCCAGUUCUAUUGUUGGCUUACUUUUGUUUUUGUUUUUUAGGUUCAGUUGUUAAUAGUUGUGAGUUUGUUGUCCUUUUACUGUUCAUAGUUUUUGACCUUCUAUUUCAUAGAUAAGUCCCUUUAACAUUUCAUAUAAUAUGGGCUUUGUGACGAUGAAGUCCUUUAUACUGUAUCCAGUAAAACUAUCAUUUAGAAUGGAAGGGCAGAUAAAGUGCUCCCCAGAUAAGGUAAAGUUAAAUUUAAUUCUUAAAAGGAGUAUUAGUUAGAGAAUAAGUGUUUGUAUAACAUGUACUGUGAUAUCUUUGGGUUUGUUUUAAGUCUUACAAAGUAAGAUAAAUUUUGUCUUUACAAUGAAAUUUUGCUAAGUGGGUAAGAAGCAUCUGAGACAGAUUUAGAUCUAAGCUUCUCUGUCACCAUAGUAGCUGGAACAUAGAUCCUUAGCACGCUUAAUUCUUAUUUCUUUGGAAAACAACUUACUUAUCCCAAAAUGCUUAGAAGGAGCUCAAAUUCCUCUAAUUAGCUUGCUAUUAAGAGUAAGGAAGUUGCAUGGUAUAGCUGGAAAUCUGAGUUGACUCACUAAAAUUUUAUUUUCAUAUUUUUUCUAAUAUUAAAAUUAUUUUCAGCCUUCCUCACAAUUAUAUUUUAAAUUAAGGUUAUUAAUGUUUUAACCUAGUUUACAUUAUGGUAAAUUAAUUUUUAAUUUGACAUUCAUAUUUAACUCAGAAAAAUGGUUUGUUCUCAUAUUUCAAUAUGUAGUAUUUUUUCUUUAUUGUUAGGUUUCUGUGUUACAUCUUUGGUCAAUGGAGUCUAUAGAAAUAUGUGCUCUUUUCAGUGGUAAGGGAUGGGAGUAGAAAAGAAGAGAAUUGCUGUAAUUAUACAUAUGCAUUUUGAUUGUAUAAAGGUAGCUGUAGACUUAAUGUGUAUAAAUGAUAAGUUAACAUUUACAUAUUUUGAAUUGUUCUAAGGAACAGUAGGCUGAAGCCAUGGCUUGUUUUGUGGAGCUGCUUGCUCUUUAAUGGUAGCUGACCAAUUGGGUUUAAGUUGAAACUUGGAGUAGGUUAUCUAGCUCUUCCAGCUCAUGCUUAUAGGAAUAGAGCAGACCUUGUCUGUUCCCUGUAGUGGAUCAAUUUAAUUUCCUUUUUAAGUACUCUAAUUUAGAUACAGGUAUUAUCCAUUUUAAAUCUUUGUUUUGGGAAUUUAAUAAGACUUGUCAAGAAUUAUUAAAAAUAAAUGUAAGUAUAUGUAAAAUUUUCACAGAAGGUUUAAAAUUUUCCAUUUUUUGGUUCAAAGGUUAGUUCUAUAGCAUCAAAUAUUGUAACCAAAGCAAGCAAGAAAUCUACUUGUUUGGAGACUCUUAAAUGCUGUAAUAUAUCAGAUUGUUAAUCAGAAGUCCCCCCCGUAUUUGUGCUAAAUGUAUUAUUAUAUUAAUGCACUUUUGUAUAUAUAACUGUCUUCUCUACAUUCUGUAAUUACUUAGUGUACAAAAAAAGCUGUUUUUCCUGAAGCUGUGAGGGAAAAAGAAUAGCUGCAACACACGUCAUUUCAAUUUUGAGUUCCUUCUUGUACUUGAAAGUAGUAGUUCAGUAAUUAAAUCUAAAUGAGUAUGUAUGGUUGUAAUUAAAACUGGCAGUGUGGCAGAACUGUCUUUUGAAACUGAAUAACAGAAUGAAAAGAGUUGUUUUGGUUAUUAAGAACUCUUGUAAUGUGUUAACUCUUUUUUUCUGGGGUGGGGGGAAUGUACCAUGAGGUUUUUACAAACCCCAUUGCUGUUUAAUCCACUCCUUUUCAUGUUUCAUCCAGAAAAUUUCUCAAGAGAGAAUUGCUCUCUUUUCUUUUGCUCACAGUUUGGUUAAGGCUUCAUAGACUUUUGUUCUGUGAAAGCCCCAAUUUUCCAAAUUUCAUUGGCAAGUCAUUUUUUUCUGGAGAGAUCAAAUUUCUAGAGAGAUUAGCAUUCACAGUAAGUGAAAAUUAGGUCCAACUUUUGCUUAAAAAUCAGAUCUACUUUUCAUAUAUUGAUCUAGAAUCUUUUAAAAUUAUAAUUAUAUAAAAGAAGUAUCUGUGAGCAGUUUUACGUAUACAGAAGCAAUUCAGCUUUUCAGCAGCAACUUUAUCUCUUGCCACUAGAGGGAGGUGUGGUUCUCUCCUUCAGAAAAUGUCUUAGCUGCUCUUCCGUUUUCAAUUUUAGAGGUUGAAAUCAGCCUCAUUCUCAGAAUUCCUUUUGUGAUAGUAAAUACGUUCAUUUAGCAAUCUAAGGUGAGUUAAUUAAGCUUGUGUAAUAAAUCCCAGUCUUAUUAAUGUUUUUCAUAAUCUUCAAUUUUUAAUAAAUGUUAGAUAUUAAGUGAAGAGUGUGUGUGUGUGUGUGUGUGUGUGUGUGUGUGUGUGUGUGUUGGGUAUUUUAGAGCUGUGCUAUCCAUUAUGGUAAUCACUAGGCACUUGUUGCUGUUUAAAUUAAUUAAAAUUUAAAAUUUAGUUCUUUGGUCCCUUUAGCAACACUUCAAGUGCCAAAUAGCCACAUAUUGCAAGAAGUUACUUAAUAUAUUGGAAACCUCAGAGUACAGAACAUUUCCAUCAUCGAAGAAAGUUCUGUUGGACAGUGCUGAUUCUAGAGAUUUGAUGGCUUACAUAGUGACUGUUGCCAUUUUACCAAUGAAAAGUAAUCAGUGGCUCAAAACUGCUGCCCAUAAUUAACCGUCAUAGGUAACUGAUGAGAGAGGGACAGCAAGCUAUAUCAAAGAAGUGUCAAUUUAGUGAUCAUCUCUCAGAGUGCUUCUUUAUUCUUGUGAUGUGAGAACCUUAAUAGAAUCACUGUUACUUGGGUCUGACAGUAUCCUGCCCUGUCAUUAUCAGUGUGGAUCUUAUGGUAAGUGGGAUGUUUAUAUUACAUUAGUCAUGUUUUUUAGUAAUAGGUUGAUAAUACUAGAGUGAGGUAAAUUUCCUCUUUGUAAUAGUGAAAUAACAUUUUGAACAUUCCAGUUUAUUCAUUUGAUAAUCAGAAUCCUAUUGUAUGCUUAUUUUUCUCUUAAAAAUAGCGAGAAAUACUUCCUGCUUCGUCAUAAAAAUUUUUCCAAGUAGGACAGUAAAAUGAAUCCCCACAUACCCACAUCCACUUUAGCUCUUCUCUCAUGGCCAAUCGGAUUUCUUUUACCCUGUCACCCAUUGACCUUAUCUAAAAUCCUGAUGAUACUAAAGUGAAAUCCAGGUGACAUAUAUAAUUUUUAAAAAUUUCAGUAUCAGAUUUCUAAAAAUAAGGACACUUUUGUCUUAUACUUACCUAUGAAAUCAUCAUCAUACCUCCAUAAAUGAUUCCUUAUGUUAAAUAUGUAUUGUACUUACUUGGCUUGGAAUCAAAACCUAAUCAUUACACUUAUUAAUUUGCACAGUCACUCUGCAUUUGUUAGCAAUAAAUUAUUGCUUGAUAAGACCUGAUGGUGUGUCUUGAGCACAUUUUCACUGAAAGUGAGAUAUCUAUUGCUUUUUAAAAUAAAUUCCAGUAAUUUUCUUUACUAUGUUGUUAUUAAAGUCAUGGUCUAAUUUCAGUAACAGGCAGGAAUGAGGGAAGUAACUGUUCAAGAUAAGUUGAAUGAAGUAUUUGCUGCCUUACCUACCUCUGAGUCCAAUUUUUUAUUAUUUUUUAGCCAAAAUUGGCCCACAUGGUAAAGAUUUGAAUACCUAGUAUUUAUAAGGAGUUUUUCAAAGGUAU